AUGGUAACAAAAAACUUUGACAGUUCAGUUGAACUGAGGCAGGUGGAGGAGGUCGUGGAGGUCGCAGUGGAAGUAGGGUGUAUGAUGAGCAGUCCAAAUUGCCCGGACUGGAAUCGCCUGGCAUUGAACUGGCCAUCAGCCUCUGGCGGAUCACCAGGUCUCUUCAGGCGGGAUGACGAAUUGAAGGCGGGCACGACAAAUACCAUGGAUAACGGCCACCGCCCCGAGUCCCCAAGUUUCGAGCCUAAAGUUGCUCGUGGACACCGGACUAGCAAGGGCAAGGGUUGGUCGAAUGGGCUUGAAGGAGAUGCCAUCCCCGAGGUGGAAAACGCUUGA